AUUGGUGAACCAGGAACCAGCUCUCUUUGCCACCACCAUACUGGAGAAUAUUCUCUACGGUAAGCCAGAUGCAACAAUGGAUGAAGUCGAGGCUGCUGCUUCCGCUGCAAAUGCUCAUAGCUUCAUCACCCUGCUUCCCAAUGGAUAUAAUACGCAGGUGGGAGAGCGAGGAGUCCAGCUUUCUGGUGGUCAGAAACAGAGGAUAGCAAUAGCAAGAGCCAUGCUGAAGAACCCAAAAAUUCUUCUCCUCGAUGAAGCAACAAGUGCACUAGAUGCUGGAUCUGAGAGCAUUGUUCAAGAAGCAUUGGACCGUCUCAUGGUAGGAAGGACAACGGUCGUAGUUGCUCAUCGACUGUCCACCAUCAGAAACGUCGAUACCAUUGCAGUCAUUCAACAAGGGCUAGUUGUAGAAACAGGAACCCACGAAGAACUGAUUGCUAAAGCAGGUGCCUACGCCACUUUGAUCAGAUUCCAAGAAAUGGUGAGAAACAGAGAUUUUGCUAACCCAUCAACACGAAGAACACGCUCAACACGCCUCAGCCACUCGCUCUCAACCAAGUCUCUAAGCCUCCGAUCCGGAAGCCUUCGCAACUUGAGCUAUUCCUACAGUACCGGAGCAGAUGGCCGCAUCGAGAUGGUCUCCAAUGCUGAAACAGAUCGGAAAAAUCCUGCACCUAAAGGAUACUUCUUUAGGUUGCUCAAUCUGAAUGCACCCGAGUGGCCUUACUCAGUAAUGGGAGCUGUGGGGUCUGUGCUUUCAGGUUUCAUUGGGCCAACAUUCGCCAUAGUCAUGAGCAACAUGAUUGAGGUGUUCUACUACACUAAUCCUCAAUCAAUGGAGAGGAAGACCAAGGAAUAUGUGUUCAUCUACAUUGGUGCUGGACUCUACGCCGUGGUCGCUUACUUGAUUCAGCACUACUUCUUCAGCAUAAUGGGAGAGAACUUGACUACCAGAGUUAGGAGAAUGAUGCUUGCUGCAAUUCUGAGGAAUGAAGUCGGAUGGUUCGACGAGGAAGAACACAACUCGAGCCUGGUUGCAGCGAAACUAGCAACAGAUGCAGCAGAUGUGAAGUCUGCAAUAGCUGAGAGGAUAUCCGUGAUACUCCAGAACAUGACCUCUCUUCUCACAUCCUUCAUAGUUGCUUUCAUUAUUGAAUGGAGAGUCUCACUUCUCAUUCUCGGAACCUUCCCUCUCCUGGUCCUCGCCAACUUCGCCCAGCAACUCUCCCUGAAAGGAUUUGCAGGUGACACAGCAAAGGCCCAUGCAAAGACGAGCAUGAUCGCCGGUGAAGGCGUGAGCAACAUUAGAACCGUCGCAGCUUUCAACGCUCAAGACAAGAUCCUCUCGUUAUUCUGCCAUGAACUCCGCAUCCCACAACUACACAGCUUAAAGAGAAGCCAGAUCUCCGGCCUCUUGUUCGGCCUUUCGCAGCUCGCCCUCUACGCAUCCGAAGCUCUCAUUCUCUGGUACGGAUCGCAUCUCGUCAGCCGUGGAGUCUCCACCUUCUCCAAGGUGAUCAAGGUCUUCGUCGUGCUGGUCGUGACGGCCAACUCAGUCGCCGAAACAGUCAGCCUGGCUCCAGAGAUCAUCCGAGGCGGGGAAGCAGUCGGUUCGGUGUUCUCAAUCCUCGACCGCUCCACCCGCAUCGACCCGGACGAUUCUGAGGCCGAGGUGGUCGAAUCGGUCCGCGGAGAAAUCGAGCUGCGACACGUGGACUUCUCGUACCCGACCAGACCGGAUGUGGCCGUGUUCACGGACUUUAGCUUGAGAAUUCGAGCUGGCCAGAGCCAGGCUUUAGUUGGAGCCAGCGGGUGUGGGAAGAGCUCGGUGAUCGCCUUGAUCGAGCGGUUCUACGACCCGUCUGCUGGCAAAGUAAUGAUCGACGGGAAAGAUAUCCGCCGGUUGAACCUGAAAUCGUUGAGGCAGAAAAUCGGUCUGGUCCAACAGGAGCCUGCAUUAUUUGCUACAAGCAUCUUCGACAACAUUGCCUACGGCAAAGAAGGCGCGACGGAAGCUGAGGUGAUCGAAGCAGCUCGUGCUGCGAACGUCCACGGGUUCGUGAGCGGGCUGCCCGACGGGUACAGGACGCCUGUCGGGGAGAGAGGGGUGCAGCUUUCCGGUGGACAGAAGCAGAGGAUCGCCAUUGCCAGAGCCGUGCUGAAGAACCCGGCAAUCUUGUUGCUCGACGAGGCGACGAGCGCUCUCGAUGCAGAGUCGGAAUGCGUGCUGCAGGAAGCCCUGGAGAGGCUGAUGAGGGGGAGGACAACGGUGCUGGUGGCGCAUCGGCUGUCGACAAUUCGAGGGGUGGAUUGUAUCGGGGUGGUGCAGGAUGGGAGGAUUGUGGAGCAAGGGAGCCAUGGUGAGUUGGUUAGUAGGCCUGAAGGGGCUUAUUCGAGACUGUUGCAGUUACAGCACCAUCACAUUUGAGACUGGAUGUGGAGGCAGGGGAUCAAGAAACCUCAUUGUUGUUGUUUAUUAUGUGUUAGGGUUUGUGUUUCCCGUUUAACCUGAAAGAAGAAAAGUUUCCAUUUUCCCCUUUGGGAUGAUGAUGGAUGGAUGGUGAUGAGAAUGUAGAUAUUGGGGAAGGUGGAUACUUUUCUGAGAGAAAGAUCACUAAUGUAAUGGUAACCCUGUUUUCUACCAAUGGGGUAGUCAAGUGUUUGUAAUAUCAAUAUGUAAUAUCAUAAUUUUCUACUGCCUAAUGUAUUGUGUAAGAAAGGAACAUUAGAAUAAUGCGUCAAUCUCAGUAAUCCUUA